UUCAUUGUGGCCCUGCAGAGCCAACGCCAUCACACAGCGGCUACGACGAGGAGCAGGGCGACACCAGGGCCACAGGAAAGCGCAGCAUUUAUUCUAGAGAAAUAAUUGCAUUAUAACGGUAAUGGAAUACAGCGCUGCGGAUUACUAGACGCCUUGGAUUAGGGCCUCUGUUUUGGCGGCGCACAAAGCAAUGUGGAGGAAAUAAAGAUCCUGAUACGCUGAAAACUAGAGUGUGGAUGCUGUGAACCACCCCACUGCUGGCCCCUGCUUAGUCGCCUCCAGAGCCAUUUCCUACAACACACUGGGAUAAGGAGGCAGAGACCGAGGGGGAGUAAACAGCAAAACAGCCCCUACGGCAAGCAGAUUAUAGAUAAUGGGCUGUGUGCAAUGCAAGGAUAAGGAAGCAACCAAACUCACAGACGAUCGAGACACCAGCAUCUCCCAGAGUGCGGGUUACCGCUAUGGGGCCGACCCAACGCCGCAGCAUUACCCCAACUUCGGGGUCACCGCGAUCCCCAACUACAACAACUUCCACGCCCCCGUCGGACAGGGGAUGACCGUCUUCGGAGGGGUCAACACUUCCUCUCACACUGGAACCCUGAGGACUCGUGGCGGGACAGGAGUCACCCUCUUUGUGGCACUUUAUGACUAUGAGGCGAGGACAGAAGACGACCUCAGCUUCAGGAAAGGAGAAAAGUUCCAGAUUAUCAACAGCACUGAAGGGGACUGGUGGGAUGCUCGCUCGCUCACCACCGGUGGAAACGGCUAUAUUCCCAGUAAUUACGUGGCUCCAGUGGACUCCAUCCAGGCUGAGGACUGGUACUUUGGCAAACUGGGCCGUAAGGAUGCAGAGAGGCAGCUCCUGUCCACCGGCAACCUUCGCGGCACCUACCUGAUCCGGGAGAGCGAAACCACGAAGGGUGCCUUCUCCUUGUCCAUACGGGACUGGGACGAUGUGAAAGGAGACCACGUGAAGCACUAUAAGAUCCGCAAGCUGGACAGCGGCGGCUACUACAUCACCACCCGCGCUCAGUUCGACACGCUGCAGCAGCUCGUUCAGCACUACUCAGACCGAGCUGCUGGGCUUUGCUGUCGCUUGGUCGUACCUUGCCACAAAGGGAUGCCCCGCCUCACCGACCUGUCCGUCAAAACCAAAGACGUGUGGGAGAUUCCGCGGGAGUCGCUGCAGCUGAUCAAGCGUCUUGGGAAUGGGCAGUUUGGGGAGGUCUGGAUGGAGAGUGCGGAUGGUUUGUGCUUUAAUUUAACUGGCGUGUGUGUGACCUACACCCCUGACACUGUGGGCCUGACUCAUGACGCCUGGGAGAUCAGCAGAGACACACUUAUGUUGGAAGUAAAGCUGGGGGCGGGAUGUUUUGCUGAUGUGUGGUGUGGAACGUGGAACGGCACCACUAAGGUGGCAGUGAAGACUCUGAAGCCUGGCACCAUGUCCCCCGAGUCCUUCCUGGAGGAGGCUCAGAUCAUGAAGAAGCUCCGCCACGACAAGCUGGUGCAGCUGUACGCCGUGGUGUCUGAGGAGCCCAUCUACAUUGUCACCGAGUACAUGGGCAAAGGAAGCCUUCUGGACUUUUUGAAGGAUGGAGAAGGACGAGGACUGAAGCUGCCCAACCUGGUGGACAUGGCAGCACAGGUGGCAGCAGGCAUGGCGUACAUCGAGAGGAUGAACUACAUCCACAGAGAUCUGCGCUCAGCCAACAUCCUCGUCGGAGACAACCUGGUGUGCAAGAUCGCCGACUUCGGACUGGCCAGGCUGAUCGAAGACAACGAAUACACAGCUCGGCAAGGCGCCAAGUUCCCCAUCAAGUGGACCGCCCCGGAGGCCGCGCUGUACGGGAAGUUCACCAUCAAGUCCGAUGUGUGGUCAUUCGGCAUCCUGCUCACAGAGCUGGUCACCAAGGGCCGGGUGCCUUACCCAGGCAUGAACAACCGCGAGGUGCUGGAGCAAGUGGAGCGAGGUUACAGGAUGGCUUGCCCCCAGGACUGCCCCAUCUCCCUGCAUGAGCUGAUGAUUCAGUGCUGGAAGAAGGACGCGGAGGAGCGGCCCACCUUCGAGUACCUUCAGGCUUUCUUGGAGGACUACUUCACGGCGACCGAGCCUCAGUAUCAGCCUGGGGACAACCUCUAAACCCUUCCAGGCCGGUCUGGACUGGGCGAGGCUGGGGUGGGCUCAAGCUGGAACAGGACUGGCUAAAAACCAGAGCUCUGAAGCCUUCCCAGCCUGCCUCCCCAUCCUUUAGGGACCUGUACAGCUUCCUCAGCUCAACCGAGCAUUUCAGUUUCCCCGCCCCCCUGCCCCGUCAUCCCUCAGUCUCCAACACACUCUCUGUGGCCAAUACCGAGAUAAACUGCGAAUGUGAUCAGUUAAGGGGAGAAUAUGAGUUAUGUGCAAAUCCCCGGCUGGGUGGGAGAAAGGGAGGGAGGAUGGACAGAAUUGGCUGGGGCUGUGAUAAUGCAAUGAAAUACCUGUACUCAAUGUAAAUAAGAGAAAAGGCUUGUUUUAGUUUUUGUUUAUUUGUUUGCCUCUGUUGAAGAAUUUUGACUUUAUUUUCUCCUGCACAAAAAAAAAAAUAAUAAGGAUGAGGAGGACGGCGAAAGUGGUAAGGAAAUGACGGAGGAAGAGAACCAUCUCAGAGGUGCACCUGAACAGGCACUGCCAGUCUGUAAGUGGUGCGAUAGCGCUUGUAUUAUUUUCUAAAGAUUGAAUUGGAAGCCUCUCUUAUAUUUUUUUUUGUUUUGUUAUGUUUUCCAUAAUGUAUAAAAAAAAAAAGAAAGAAAUUCACCCCCAAACGUAUUGCUUUAUUCUUGACUCCUCAUUUAAUAGCAUUGCAGAGGCUUCUUCAGACGCGCAUGAUGCAGUCCUCCAUCAACUUUUCCUUUUCGUUGCGCUGCCUCUCAUGAAUUUACUCUGUUGUGUUUUACUCACUCCAUGUGGUGUGGGGGGAAAAAAAACAGCUUUGCCUUCCUCAGAGCGCUAGUUGUUAGGCUACCACUGUAUGGAACAAGGUUAUUUUACAAAUGAUGUACGUUACAUUUUGUAAAUUACAGCCGAGCGUGUAAGGAUGACACUUCUGAACAUAUCUUUCCUCGCUUAUGUAAGGUUUCCAAAAACAAACAAAAAAAAAUAUGGGUGGGAAUCUUUCCUGUCUUUCUACCACAGGUUUUGUUUUUGUGCGUGCUGGAAGGACCUGCGUUUUAAUUUAAUUUAAGAAGAGAAAAAGUAUGUACAUCUUAUUUUUAACUUGUACACAAGAGUUUUCAUUUUAACCGUCAUUCCUCAAGGCCUCUCGUCACGGUUCUCGUUUCUCUCCAUGCCGUGAAGCGAUGUUUCGAGGGAAGUCAAGUUUCCCUUCUCUAUGGACAAAAAGGCAUUUUCUCUGUUUCCUGCACCUCAAUAAUCACAAUCCUCAACUUGAGCCUGCAGGAUGCAAACCUGCAGCCAAACCCUCUGGAUGGACCACCUCCUUUUUUAGUUACUUCUAAUUUUAUGUUUUACUGACAAGGCUAUAUUCUAUAAGUAUUUGAGUCUUUGGUUUUUACAGAGUAUGCUUUUAUUUAACCUUUUUAAGUGAUAUAUCUUUUAAGAGUUGGUCAUACUGUGUUUUCGGGACAGGGCUAGGGCCAAUUGACUUGAAAUUCACUCCGUUCAAAAUAGAAAGGUUGGCAAAAAGUUUUUGAGGUUUGGAUUUGGAGGCGAGUCCUCUUCCUGAAUUGAUUGAAUUGAAAAUUAGUUGAACCCAAGCCCGCAUCAGGGGUCUGUUUCACUCGCGGGUCCCUGCAGUCUCUGGUCUCACUGCAGACGGUUUCAUGGCUGAUGGAAAUCCCUCAUUUUUCAGUUGUACAGCGAAAUGGUUUUUAAGUGUCGGUAACUUCCCUUGUUUAUAUCUUUCAUUUCCAUUUUUUUAACAUUAAUGUUUUGUUAAUUCGGUGAUUUGGCGUUUGAAAUU